GCGCCCGGCUGCUCGCAGAGCUCCCCCCCGGCCCGGGAACCUGGCCAUUCAGCCACCGCUGUCCCCGCCGCUGCGCGCCCUCGCGCCUCUGCCGCAGAAGCCAGGCGCUGUUUCUCCACCUCAGAACAUGGCAAAGGUGGCUAAGGACCUCAACCCAGGCGUUCAAAAGAUGUCCCUGGGCCAGCAGCAGUCGGCAAGAGGUGUGCCUUGUUUGAGAUGCAAGGGGACGUGUUCGGGCUUCGAGCCACACUCGUGGAGGAAAAUAUGCAAGUCAUGCAAAUGCAGCCAAGAGGACCACUGCCUGAGCUCUGACCUGGACGAUGACCGGAAAAUUGGCCGCUUGCUGAUGGACUCCAAGUAUUCCACCCUCACAGCCCGGGUGAAAGGUGGGGAUGGCAUCCGGAUUUACAAGAGGAAUCGGAUGAUCAUGACCAAUCCCAUUGCUACUGGGAAAGAUCCCACCUUUGACACCAUCACCUAUGAGUGGGCUCCCCCUGGAGUCACCCAGAAACUGGGCCUGCAGUACAUGGAGCUCAUCCCAAAGGAGAAGCAGCCGGUGACGGGCACCGAGGGUGCCUACUACCGCCGCCGCCAGCUCAUGCACCAGCUGCCCAUCUAUGACCAGGACCCCUCUCGCUGCCGUGGACUUUUGGAGAACGAGUUGAAACUGAUGGAAGAAUUUAUCAAGCAAUAUAAGAGUGAAGCACUGGGUGUGGGAGAAGUGGCCCUCCCCGGGCAGGGCGGCUUGCCCAAGGAGGAGGGGCCGCAGCAGGGAAAGCCAGAGGGCGCGGAGCCCACGGCCCUGGCCACCAACGGCAGCAUCGGAGACCCAUCCAAAGAAUACGUCUGCGAACUCUGCAAGGGCGUGGCGGCCGCCGACAGCCCCGUGGUGUACUCGGACAGGGCCGGCUACGGCAAGCAGUGGCACCCCGCCUGCUUCGUGUGCUCCAAGUGCUCCGAGCCGCUGGUGGACCUCAUCUACUUCUGGAAGGACGGCGCGCCCUGGUGCGGCCGCCACUACUGCGAGAGCGUGCGGCCGCGGUGCUCCGGCUGCGACGAGAUAAUAUUCUCGGAGGACUACCAGCGCGUGGAGGGCCUGGCCUGGCACCGAAAGCACUUCGUGUGCGAGGGCUGUGAGCAGCCGCUGAGCGGCCGGGCGUACAUCAUCACCAAAGGCCAGCUUCUGUGCCCAACGUGCAGCAAGUCCAAACGCUCCUGAAGGGCUGCCCAUCCACGGUCCCACUGGGCCCCACUGAGGAGGGAAGCCACGUGUGCCGAGCCAUCCUGAGGGUCUGACGGGACAGCAAACAACAAAAACCGUGAUUUUUUUUUCCAGUGGGAUUAUAUAUACACAUAUGUUCUAGGUUGGCUGCUGAUGGAUCCUUGAAGUUCAAUAGAUUCAAAGCCAGAAAUAUUCUGAGAAGUCUUAGGAUGGAGUUAUUUUAUUUUUGUUGUUUUUUCCCAGCCACCAAACUAAAGAUCCAGUUGGCAUCCUGCGAGGCAUCUCCAGGAGGAGUUUCCCAGAAUGCAAUUCUGAGUGAUCAAAUCACAUAGCUGUAGAAUGUGCUUGCUUUCCGUGAACGCGGGAGCUCCUGCAGGAACACGCUGGGAUCAACAAUCAUUUCUUGUCUCCUUUUCAAGUGGGAUUUGCAUUUCAAAUAAGUAAAUUUUUUGGCAUGAUAGACAUAGCAAUAAAAGUUUUAUGGAGUCCACAUACACCCUGAUCUAAUUAUUGAUGCCACGGCAGAUAUUGCAGCAUCCUUUUAGCCCAGGACCCUGAAUGCUGGUGCUGGCAGAAGGCACUGUAAGCAUUAGUUCAGCUCUUCAUUAUUUGUGUCUCAUCAGAUCUCCUUUGGAAGUGUAGGUCCUCCAGCAGAACCCCUCUCCCCCAGUUCCAGGUACCCCCAGAUCACUGACAGAAGCGUGAGAGUCGUGUUUCAUGGGACACCAAAGUGCGGCCUCUGGGAAGUGAUCAGCUACUUAAAGAGCAGGGACCUGACUCAGCUGCCCUCAGAGCCCAGACAGGUGUAAUGAGUGAACCCCUUCUGGAGCAAGAACUCCAGACAGAGUGCUGGGGAGCGGCCACACUGGGCCACCUAAGCUGAGCCAGUGGCUGUCCCAUGGAACGUGGUGACCAGUGGGACCAGACCCAAAGAAAUAACAGAAUUUCUGUGAGAAAUCUCUCCAGUUUUUAAGCGUUGCCAACUGAACACUGAACGAGCCAAACAGAAGAGGCCUUGGAGCCAUAUUUUCUCUCUUUUUAUGGCCUCUCUGAGCAAUUUGCAUGCCCAAAUUAGUUUUCUUCCCAUGAUUUCUAAGAAAAAACAUUUCUUUUUCUACUGGGGAUGUAAGAACAAAAGCACACAAGCUUCUAGAAGCUCACAGCAUGGUCACCAAUGGCCUUCUUUCUGUCCUAAACUUCCUGCUAUGUGUUUCCUAAAUCCCCCCCACCUAAGUUGCCCUCUCAUCUGCAAUACCCCAGGAGUGUGCUUGCAAGCCUGACCAAACCUACUGCAAUUUUCUUCUACGGUGGUUUUCGGCUUCCAGUUCCUCUCCAGCCACCCUCAGUGUCCAUCUUCUCAAAGAGAAGCUUUGGGUGGGUAUUCCUCACCCACCCUCCGUGGCUCCCCAUUCUCUCCUAAGUCAAGAACCAAGUUCUCACCCUGACACUUGAAUCCCUUCCACACCUUGGCUUGACUCUCCUUCUGGCCUUCUCUAGUUUUCUAUGUCCUUAUUUCUGUCAGACAUUCACACACUCCCUUUCAUCAAACCCUCUGUGCUUUUGCCAGCUCUGUCCUGGUUACUUGAAGACCACUUCUGUCUAUUGAAAUUUGAUCUGUCCCGCAAGCUGUUUCUCAAACAUGACCUGCUUCGCAGUCCCUUCCUGGAAGCACCAAUGCAAUAUUCACUCAUUUGUUCUCUCAUUCAUUCACUCAUUCAUGCAAAUAUUCACUGAGUACUACAGAGGUGCAUUUCCCAGCCUAAGUACAGGGGAUACAAAGCUUACUGAAAGAGCAAUGCCCCUGCCCCCUGGAUUUUACAGUCUUGGGGGAGAUGGGCUUUGAACAAAUAGUCCCACCAGUCAGUGUAAUAUCACAGCAACUGUGGAUGCUACACAGGGGAGGUACAUAGGAAAGAGAUUGGACCUAGUCCAACCAGGGACUUCAAGAGAGAUGCACCUGGUGGCACUUGAACUGAAACCUAAAGGGUUAGUAAACUCUGAGCAGGCAAAGAGGGAAAGGAAGACAGUUAAACAUGGAUACAUGGGUGGAUGUGCAAAGGCCCUGUGGCUGAGCAGCAUCAGUUUAUUCUAUGCCUAUUUAUUGGUAUUAGAAAUACAGUCGGGACAGUCUCCCUGGAAGAUUGAUGUGGCAGGUACAGGGAGGGAGGUUGGUGCUGAAGCACAAGAAGUGCACCAGGUUUGUGACAAUGGAAAAAACUGGUCUCUGUCCUAGGAGCCCUGGGGAGUCUUCAGAGUUUUAAGCAGGGGUUAGUGAUGGCUGGCCAGACAGGUCAUCAGAUACAUGAUCUCAGUUGACACCCCAGCAUGAUGCCUGUGACUUUUGUCCUGGUGACAUUGUCCACACCAUUGUGGGUAAAAAUGAUGUCCCCAGCAGAAGCCCCACUUGACACCAACCAUCAUGUGCUGUUGCCUGCCCCAUGGCCACUGACAGCACCCCAUCUUUGCACUUGGAACCCCCGAAUCCUCUCUGAUACUCCCCUGCCCAGCUGGUGGGUCAUUCAUUACAGCCCCUCCUCUCCCCCCUGCCCAUCACUGAGGUCUUAUUUUACCUUGAAUGUUUUCUCCCCAGACUGACAAGAGUCUCCCAGUGAGUCUCCCUGCCAGAGACUCACCCUCUCUACACAGAAACACAGUCCUCCCCACACACUCCUCUACAAAAACAUGCAGGGACUCCUUGUUGCACACGCAGGAGCAAGCUGGAACUUCUGAGCUUUGUAUCCCUUUGUAUCCCAGUUUCUGAGUCUUCCUGCUCCCUUCAGAAGCUGGAUGAACAGUGUGCAGGUCCCUGGAUGUGCCCCAUGCUGUCUCUACCUCUGCACCAUUGCUCAGGCUGUUCCCUUUUCCUGGAGUUCCCCGCACUGUGCUCAGCUGCUUCCACGGGGCCAGCACAACUGAGUGGGGUUCUGCACCAGAAUUCAAACAACUAUGCUUUAAAAUGUUGCAAUGUUAACUUGUCCAUGAUUUUAUGCCCCAGGCCAGCAGGAUGAGCAGCUGCACCCCCUCCAUCGCUACCACUGUCUAGGGAGGCUUCCCUGGCCUUCCCCUCCCCUCUGCCCCCACAAUACUCCAGACUUACAAUGACUAGUGCACUGAUUCUAUUAUCAUCAUUAGUUCACAGAAAGCUCCUCCUACGGACCUCUUGAGAGGUAGUCUCAGUAUGUUUGGUUCCCCAAUCCUACAGGGGUCAACUAAACGAGAGAAUCAACAGUCUAGGGCUCCUGGGUGGGUCACUCUUGGUAAUGGCACUGGGGCCUAAAAUGGCCUAAAGCAAAUGUAAAAAUUUCCGAGGGAGAUAGACGCCCUUGGCUGCCUCCAUAUUACCAUUCUCCACCCCCAUCUCCUUCUUCCUGCCAGGAAAACCCGCUUCCCAUCAUAUAAAAUCACUUUCCCAGGCUCCUUUGCAGCUGGGGAAAAGGCAUGUGACUCAGUCCUGGUCAGAUGUUACUCAAUGGGGAAGCUGCUUGCAAAAGUUUUGUUUUUUUUUUUUCCCUUAAUGAAAAGAAAUAGCCCUGCUUUCUUUUUAUUUUGAUAUAAUUUCAAACUUCAAACAAAGAACUCUUCUCCUUGAACCAUUUGAGGGUGUUGCUGACACAAUGCCCCAUCACUCCUGGAUAUUUUGCAAAUAAUUUACAAAUAAGAAUGUUCUCCUACCUAACUCCCAAACGACCAUCAAAAUCAGGAAUGAACAUUCUAUCAUCUAAUCCUCGGAUCCAAUUCAAGUUUCACCAGCUGUUCCCACAAAAAAGAUCUGGUCCAGGAUUGUGUGUUCCACUUAGCUCUCCUGUCUCUUCAGUCUUCUGGGAUUCAGAAAGGUUCCUUAUUCUUCCCUUGACAUUUAUGAUCUUGGCAUCCUAAAAGAUUAAAAAGCCACUGAUUGAGUAGAGUGUCUGUCAAAUUGCAUUUGCCUGACACUCUCCCAUAAGCAGAUUCAGGUUACACAUUUUUGGUAGGAAUGCCACAGAAGUGAUGCUAUUUUCAUUGCACAUUGUCAGAUGAUACAAGAUUUGUAUCUGUUCCAUUAGAGUUGACAUUAAAUCCAAGCACUUGAUUAUGCUAGGCUUUUCCAUUGUAAAGUUACUCCAUUUCUGUUUGCACUUAAUGAGUAUUUUGUGGGAAGGUAUUUUGAAACUAUUUUAAUAUCCUGUUCCUCAUCAAAAUUCCCCCCACUGGUUCUUAGUAUCCAUUGAUGUUGCUUGACUGAAUUAUUACUGUGAAAGUUGCCAAAUGUUGGUUUUUCUAAUGCAGUCAGUCCUUCCAUGUUAAUUAAUUAGCAUCCUACUAUAUGAAAAGCUCCAUCUUCUCCCUAUUUAUUCAUUAUUUGUAUCAGUUUGGAGUUACAUAUUUCCAUUUUAUUAAAUUGUUUGUC